UCAUCCACCCUUUUUUUUCUCUAUAAACACGAAAUCCAAAGUAUUGAGACACUUUCACCUCUAACCAAAAAUUCAUAUCAAAUUAUCAUCAUUCAUCAACAUAGUCAACGACUCAGCACAAUGUCCACAGCCACCUUCAACAACUUCUUACGAUUCUUCUCAACAUUGAUCAUAUUCAUCUUCCAUCACACAAUAGCCAUAUCCACUACCACAGAUAUCCAUGACCUCCUCCCAGAUUAUGGUUUCCCAAAAGGCAUCCUUCCAAACAACAUAGCUUCCUACACAAUCUCCCCAUCUGGUUACUUCACACUUCAUCUCCAAUCUCCCUGCUACGUCCGCUUCUCCGGUCAAUUAGUCUACUAUGAUACCUUCAUAACCGGAACUCUUAGUUACGGUUAUGUUUCCGGUGUUUCGGGGAUCCAGGGGAAGAUUUUAUUUCUCUGGCUCCCCGUCACCGGUAUGAAAGUUGAUUCUAGUUCUGGUAUGCUUGAAUUCUUUGUUGGUGCUUUGUCUAAGAAAUUACCGGCGGAUCAGUUUCAAGAUGUGCCUGGAUGUUCUUCAAAUGCUUGUAAAUACUUUGUGGAUUUUGUUAUGUGAAUUAAUAGAAUUGAUUUCUUUUGUUAUAGUUUUUCAUCAAACUUCAAAUUGUAAAUGAUAUUUUAUGUAAUUUAUUUAAACCUAAAUAUAAUAAAUCUUAUGUAGUUUUUCUUAUAAAUUUAUAGAUGA